CCUCUCUGGAGGGGGGGCUUAUUAUAUCAAAUAUAUACACACAUGUGUGAACUGUUUGGCCGCACGAUAUAGGUCACAUGUGGAUAACAGUAAUUUUAGAAAAGCAUACAACUGCGGCUUUACAUUUAAAAUGCCUAUUUUACUUUUCCUGUUAGACACGUCCGCUUCUAUGAAUCAGCGCACUUAUUUGGGUACGACGUAUCUGGACGUUGCUAAAGGCGCGGUUGAGGUCUUUAUGAAGCUGCGUGCCCGAGACCCGGCUAGUAGAGGCGACAGGUACAUGCUAGUUACAUUCGAUGAUCCGCCGUACGGAGUGAAGGCGGGCUGGAAGGAGAACCACGCCACCUUCAUGUGCGAGCUGAAGAACCUGCAGGCGUCCGGGCUGACGACGCUCGGCCACGCUCUGCGCACCGCGUUCGACCUGCUUAACCUCAACCGCCUCGUCUCCGGCAUCGACAACUACGGACAGGGCCGCAACCCCUUCUUCCUGGAUCCGUCUGUGAUCAUCACGAUCACGGACGGGAACAAGCUGACGCACAGCUCCGGGGUGCCGGACGAGCUGCAGCUCCCUCUGAACUCUCCGUUGGCCGGCAGCGAGCUCACCAAGGAGCCCUUUCGGUGGGACCAGCGUCUCUUCGCGUUGGUGCUGAGGCUGCCGGGCGCCGCCACGCCCGACACGGAGCAGCUCGGCAGCGUCCCCACGGACGAGUCCGCCAUCACCCAGAUGUGUGAAGUCACCGGAGGUCGAUCGUACUGCGUGCGGACUCAGAGGAUGUUGAACCAGUGUCUGGAGUCUCUGGUCCAAAAGGUCCAAAGUGGCGUCGUCAUCAACUUCGAGAAGACGGGGCCCGAUCCGCCGCUGGUCGGGGACGACGGCGCAGCGGAGUCGAGCCGCCCCGUGCCGUCCUUCGGCACGCAGCCGUGGCACAGCUGCCACAAGCUCAUCUACGUGAGACCCAACCUGAAGACGGGGGUUCCGGUGGGGCACUGGCCCAUUCCAGAGUCCUUUUGGCCGGACCAGAACUCUCCCAGCCUGCCGCCGCGCUCCGCUCAUCCCGUGGUGCGUUUCUCCUGCGUUGACUGUGAGCCCAUGGUGAUCGACAAGCUUCCCUUUGACAAGUACGAACUGGAGCCAUCCCCGCUCACCCAGUACAUUCUGGAAAGGAAGUCUCCACACAUGUGCUGGCAGGUGUUUGUCAACAGCAGCGGGAAGCAGAACGACCUGGGCCAGCCCUUCGGCUACCUUAAAGCCAGCACCACGCUCACCUGUGCCAACCUGUUCGUCAUGCCUUACAACUACCCGGUGCUUCUCCCUCUCCUCGAUGAUCUGUUUAAAGUGCACAAACUAAAACCAAACCUCAAGUGGCGACAGGCCUUUGAGACGUACCUGAAGACGAUGCCUCCGUACUUCUUCUCGCCCUUAAAAAAGGCGUUACGGAUGAUGGGUGCGACUAAUCUGAUUGCAGACACCAUGGACUGUGGCCUGAGUUACAGCAUCAUCUCUCACCUGAAGAAGCUCAGCCAGCAGGCGAAGAUGGAGUCGGAUCGCCUCAUCGUGUCGGUGGGGAAGAAGGCGCCGCAAGAGCCCGGCAUCAAGGUGAAGAACCACUCCGGCUCCGGCUCGCUCUCUCUGGCCCACCGGCAGGACUUUAAGCAGCUGCUGCAGGGCAUCACCGGGGAGGGGCCGCUCCGCCUGGUGGACGUCAACUUCAAAGAGUUUUCUGGCUUCCAGAUUGCGCUGCUCAACAAGGACCUGAAACCUCAAUCUUAUCGAAACGCUUACGACAUCCCACGGCGGAACCUUCUGGAUCAACUCACACGGAUGCGCUCCAAUCUGCUGCGGACGUCGCAAAAACUGAUCCGAGGGCAAGACGAAGACUAUCUGCACAGCAUCCCAGUGGCUCAGAUGGGAAACUACCAGGAAUACCUCAAAAUGAUGCCGUCUCCUCUGAGAGAGAUCGACCCCGACCAACCGAAACGCCUUCACACGUUUGGGAAUCCGUUCAAGCAGGACAAGAAGGGGAUGAUGAUCGACGAGGCGGACGAGUUUGUAACGGGCCCUCAAAACAAGAAAAGAGGAAAUUCCAUCGACGCCAACUCGAGCACCACGAUGAAGAGGAGGCGGAGCAUGUCCCCGUUACUGCGGCGGCCGCAGACUCCGCCGGCGAGCCCCAACCACGUGGUGGCGGAGAAGACUCCGGUGGAGGUUCAAGAGCAGCAGAACCCCCUCAAACCCAUCGCGCAGCACAAAGAAGUGGAUGACAACAACGUGGCGGUCACUGAGAGUAACGGCGACGCGGUUCUUGAGCCCGACUCGGGGGAGAUCUGGCCCGCUGAGAUGGACACUGUCCUCGCCGAGAGCCCGUCUCCACCGGGCCUCGAGGACAAGGCCGGGCUGGGAGCGCCGGACCCGGCGCAGGACAUCUACAUGCCGGAGGAGAGGCCGGUGGACGACGGUCUGGACGAGCAGCCGCCGGAGGAGAAACACAACUGUGACCGGCUGAGUCCUCAGAGCGUGCUCGACGACCCCUACGCCGACCCCGUGGCGCUCCCGACCAUAUUCAUCGCCCCGCUGGACGCGAGCCAAGCGGAGCUGAGGAGUCAGGUCAUCAAGGAGGUCCGCAAGCCGGGGAGAAACUAUGAGGCAAUACUCGGCCUCCUGCAGCAGGUGAAAGGUCCGGUUAAUGUUCAAAGGUACUUCAUCCAACAUGCGAUCAAAGAGGCCGUCAGGUUCAAGAAGCGAGUGCUGAUCCAGCAGCUGGAGACGUCCCUCGCCGAGUUGGAGGAGAAGCAGGCGACGUCCUGGCAGCUUCCCGAUGACGUCGGAAGUUAGUGACGAAGAUCGGCUUUCGUCACUAGGAAUGGUGAACGCUCCUGGACUGUUGGAUAUAAAACCCGAAUAGAAAGACGUCAAGGAGCCUCCAAAGGAUGAACUGAGGAACUAAGGGGGGGGAGAAACGCACUGAUAGCAGACACGCCCACUGUCCCUGUGCUGUUGCAUCACAUCCUGUUGGAGGCGGAGUGAAGGGGUUCAACUGGAGGAGGAGGGGCCUUCAGGACGGAUCAAGUGUAAUCCUCUUUAUACUGACAGAUGCCUUAAACAUCCAUAUGGCUUUUGUCUGUACUGGCACAUUGUUCAGUAGAUACGCACACACACACACACACACACACACACACACACACACACAUCCCUGUUCUUGCAGUCCUUUCUUCAGCUGGUCUGAAAAGUGUUUGUAAGACAGCUUUUCAUCAUAUAUAUUUUUCUAUAUAUAUAUAUUUAUAUAUUUAUAUAUUUAUAUAUAUAUAUAUAUAUAUAUACAAUAACUGACUAUAUAUUACCCGAGCAUAAUUACCAGGACUUUGGACUAGACAUGGACUUGUCAUAAUUAUGAAAUACUAACGUCCUCUCAUCUGCCAUUACAGCAACAGAUCAUGAGUUCAAUGAACGCUGCCGUCGGUAUCCAGUUGGAGUUUACUCCUCAAACCCAACACACGCACACACAGACGCACAACACACGCACAUUGUUCUCCACAGACACUCCAUUGAUUCCCAGUUACAACUUUAUGAGGGAUUUGUGCAUCUGUCUGAGCUCAGUCGGCUGUUGCGGAUUUUAACAGCUGGUAAUCUGUUUUUUUACAGAAACCCAAGUUAGCACUCCUUUUGGUUCCCUUUUUUUUUUAUGACAGAUGUACACUACUUUUCAAUGUUCAUAAGGAAUAUAGAUUAUUUUUAUGAAUUUAUGUCAGAGUAUAAGAAAUAUUUUAAAGGAAAUGUUUAAAGUCGAUUUUGUAAACUGUUAAAUACGUAUAUAUAAAACAAAGUUUUACGAGCCUCUUUUUUUUACAAAAAAAUUAAAAUAAACCAGUUUGAAUGGUAUCCCCA